GAGCUGGGGUGGGCGGCAGCGGGGAUCAGAAGAUGCUCUGGGAGGCUUCCGGGACUGAGGAGAAUCGGGGUCGUGGAGGUGCUUGCAAGGGGAGGGCUGACCAGCUGACUGAGGAGCAGAUUGCAGAGUUCAAGGAGGCCUUCUCCCUCUUCGACAAGGAUGGAGACGGCACUAUCACCACCAAGGAGUUGGGGACGGUGAUGAGGUCCCUGGGACAGAACCCCACUGAAGCAGAGCUGCAGGACAUGAUCAAUGAGGUGGAUGCAGAUGGGAACGGGACCAUUGACUUCCCAGAGUUCCUGACCAUGAUGGCCAGAAAGAUGAAGGACACAGACAGUGAGGAGGAGAUCCGAGAGGCCUUCCGCGUCUUUGACAAGGAUGGGAACGGCUACAUUAGCGCCGCGGAGCUGCGUCAUGUCAUGACGAACCUGGGGGAGAAGCUCACGGAUGAGGAAGUGGAUGAGAUGAUCAGAGAGGCUGACAUCGACGGAGACGGCCAGGUCAAUUACGAAGAGUUUGUACAGAUGAUGACCGCAAAGUGAAGGCCCGGGCAGCUGGUGAUGCCCGUUCUCUUGAUCUCUCUCUUCUCGCGCGCGCACUCUCUCUUCAACACUCCCCUGCGUACCCCGGUUCUAGCAAACACCAACUGAUUGACUGAGAGUCUGAUAAAGCAACAAAAGAUGUGUCCCAAGCUGCAUGACUGCUCUUUCUCCUUCCUCCUCCAGUCCCCUCCACGCCCCUCCUCUCCUCCUUUGCCCUCCCCCUCCGUUCACGUCUUCCCAGGCCUGAUGCCUGAUGCGUCCCCCCCAGGGCCCCUCAGGGGAGCCUCUGCCCUCCUCCUCAGCCCGGGUGGCUCUCCCCGGUUUGGGUUUGUUUCCUUUUGUUGGUCAUCUUGUUUUGGGUGCUGGGGCGGCCACCAGCCCUGCCCCAGGACCUGCUGGGGAGGCAGGUGGACCUUGCCCAGGCAGAAGAGCAUGCCCUCUGCUGUUGCAUGCCGCCAGCCCUGUGAUUCCGUGUGCAGAUCCCAGCAGCCUUUUGGGGCAGGGGUGCCCAGAGAGGCGUUCCGGAAGGACUGAGGGGGCGCUGAGGAGUUGUGGCGUUGCCUGGAUGUGGCCCGGGAGGGGCCGAGGGCCGACUCAACGGACUGACAGUGGGCAGCGCUCGCGUCCCACUGGCUGCUGCUGUGAACCCAUCUGAUUGGCUUGCUGAGGUGUGGCUGGGUGGGGGACCACUCGUCCGGCCACCUGCAAAUUGUUCUUGCCCGCGCUCCUCAAGCGAUCAGGAGCUGUUCUGUAAAUACCUGGUGCUAACAUCCCGUGCCGCUCCCCCUCAUGACGCACCCGCCCCCCCACCCCCCCUGCCUUGAGGGCCUGUCCUGGGAAUGGAUGUGGGGAUGGUCGCUUUGUAAUGUGCUGGUUAUCCCUUUUCCCCUACGGCCCUUGAAACUUUAAUUUUGUCCAAAACCGUGCCGGGCUGGCAGAAGGGUGGGGGGAAGAAAGGUGGGCCCCGCCACGCUCUCAAGAGAACAUAUCUGCAAUAAAACAGUCUUGUCAGCCAGCUGCCCAGAGGACGGCAGCCUCUGCUUCCUGGUCCGCCGGCACCUCCUGCUUCUCCGUGGUGACUUGGCGCCGCUUCCUCACAUCUGUGCUCUGUGCCCGCCUCUCCCCGCCUCUGCCCUGGCCCACCUGCCUGCCCCCACACUCCCCCAGCGGAGAGCAUGAUCCGUGCCCCUGCUUCUGACUUUCGCCUCUGGGACAAGUAAGUCAAUGUGGGCAGUUAGUCGUCUGGGUCUCUUCCCUCUUCUGUUCAUUUCAUCUGGCUCCCACCCGCCCCCGCUCCCCACUGCCCCCACUGCCCAGGUCGACCAAGUGGCUUUUCCUGGGACCUGCCCAGCUUUGAGAAUCUCUUUUCGUCCACCCUCUGGCACCCAGCCUCCGAGGGAGGGAGGGACGGGGUGUAGUGGGAGACCCAGCCAAGAGCUGAGGGUAAGGGCAGGUAGGCGUGAGGUUGUGGACAUUUUCGGAAUGUUUUGGUUUUGUUUUUUUUUUAAACCGGGCAAUAUUGUGUUCAGUUCAAGCUGUGAAGAAAAAUAUAUAUCAAUGUUUUCCAAUAAAAGACAGUGACUACCUGA